AUGAAUCCUCAGUUUGAAGCUAUGGUAACACCAAGGACCUCGAAGGAAAGAGAGAAACAUAUCAAACUUCCUGCCUGUCGUCCAAAGUCCGGUUUAUUAAGCAGCAGAGAUAACGGUAAGAACCACCCCAAUCCAAUAGAACAAAUAGACUGUGAGGAGGAGGUGAUCAUUCUACCAGAGUGUCCAAACAGCCGUCCUGGUACAGCGCCUGUUCCAGCGACAAAUGGUUGGACCCGGAUGUUUAUGUCAACAACCCAGAGAGAUGAAUUUGAGGUACCUAAUCUUGAGGACCUGCGAUUGGAGAUACCAGAUGACGUCAGCAGAGCAUGGGAGGACAUAGCCGAAGAGAAUGAAGAAAUAAGAAUCAUUUUGAUAGGAAAGAGAAAUUCUGGCAAAACAGCCACAGCCAACACUAUCCUUGGAAACUCUGGGUUUGAUGAUUCCUUGAAUUCACAUAUUAAGAAAUGUCGUUACGGAACUUGUGAGCGCUUUGAUAGACGAUUGGUUGUUGUUGAUACACCAGAUAUUUGUAACCGGGAUAAUGAAGAGGAACUUUUGAAUGCUGUUGCUCUCUCAUCCCCGGGUCCUCACGUGUUCGUUUUUGUGGUGGGGAUUGGAAUCAUUAAUAAUGACGAUGAACAAACAUACUUCAAAAUGAUUCAAACAUUUGGCAGUGAAGUUCCCCAUCAUCUGAUUAUUUUAUUUACAAGGAAGGAUGAUUUGAUAUACGAAGGGGUUACCAUAUUUGGAUACGUCAAUGAGGUUCCAGAAAAAAUUCAAGAAGCAUUGACAGCUUGUAAUCGAAGAUAUAUUGCUUUUGAUAACAACUGUACGGGAAGAGAGUCUGAGGUCCAAGUGCGAAAACUCUUAGACAUGAUUGAUAACAUUUUGCUUUUAAAUCGAAAUCAUUUCUCCAACCAAUUUUUUGUUCAAGUAGAAAAACAGCUAGAGAAAAGAUCCCAAGCCAUACGGGAUAAGUUUGAAGACAAGUAUAGAGAAAAUGUGAGAAACUUGGAGAACGAUUUUGCAAAGACAAAUGCAAAUAAUGUAAUCGACAAAGACGUGGAUGAGCAGAGUUUACUUACAUUUCACCAGACAGACUCGGUUUAUUUUGCUGAUAAUAGAAUGUCAUUGAGUAGCAUGGAAACUACUAAAUUACCACAGAAACGACCCAAUUCUUCAAAGAAUCGAAACUGCCAGCAAGUGAAAAGAAAGUACAAACCUUCAUUAUACCGCAAGAAAACUGCUCGAACACCCUCACUCUCUCCAAUUGAGUCCAUUGAUUGUGAUUCAGAGAGUGAACUUAUAGAUUGUGGAAAACUUAAUAUUCCAAUUUCCCAGUAUGAAAUCAAACUAAACGAACUUAAGGAAGAUUUUGAAAAAGAAACAGAAAGACUCCAACUACGAGAGAAAAUUCGAAUGGAAGUAGAACAUGAUGUAGAUGAAGUUAACAAGCUUCUUCGGAAAAUAAACUUCAAGUCAUAA